CAGCACUUACUCCGAGAUUUAACAGUACAUUUUGUAAUGAAAGUAUAAUAUCUGCUAUUGAAACUCGCGGUUCAGAACUGGAUAUGCUUGCCCCUGAAGUAUGUUUGGAAUGCAUUUGGGUAGAAGCUGUCAAACGUCAUAAUGAACCAUUUAUUAAUGGUGCUGCCAGCGAAGCUUUCUCUACUGAAGAUUUCAUUGGACAAAUAUUUAUUUGUUUCUUCAUUAAAGAAGAGAGCAUUUUGAAAUGCAUUAGAAUUAAAUUUUAUGAUAGCGAAUAUCCUACUCUUGGUCCUUUAACAACGAUUCCUUGUUUGUAUGCCACCAAUAUCGAUGAUCGAAACCUGAUGGCAGUGAUUGAAUUGGAUAGUAGCUUAGUUUUCUACAGUGGAACACUGCGCAUAGGUCUACUGCAUUUGCAGCAAUCUCCAAACACUCAUUUACUGUUUCCAUCAUCUCAGAAUUCUACCGGAUUUUUUGGAAAUGUUUCUUUAUGUUUGCCAGUGAUAUCUGUUCGUAAAUCUUAUCCUCAGCAUCUAAUUCUGCAAUCGUUUGAUCAAAAAUAUUAUAUAUGUAAAGUGCCUGCAUUCACAAUGUCUUGUUUCAUUUCUGAAUGUAUUUCCAAUAUCUGUUCUCUAUUACCGAUUGAAAAAGCAUUAAAAUUUUCUUCGUCUUGGUACCUAAAUAAUAAUUGGUAUCUUAUUCGUACUUGUCAUUAUGACCAACUCCUUAUGGAAACAAUGCUUUUAAUUCAGUUCACAUUUGCGCAGUGCGGCCUGCAUUUGGAAAAUUUCGCUGUUUUCAAACAAGUUAGUAUUUUAUGA